CUCACUCUCCUCCCUCCCUCCUCUCACUCUCCUCCCUCCCUCCUCUCACUCUCCUCCCUGCUCCUCUGUAGCUAUGCAGGAACAGGUGGUGUUACUCGCUGCUGUGUCUCUACUGGGGGUGCUGGAACAGGCUUACUUCUCUCUCCAGGUGAUCUACGCCCGGAGGAAGUACUCUGUUCCCCCCCCAGCCACCUCUGGUCACCCAGACUUCGAGAGAGUUCACAGAGCUCAGGUUAAUUCUUCGGAGUACUUUCCCAUCUUCCUCACGGUGCUGUGGGUGUCAGGAGUGUUCUUCAGCCAAGGUGUGUCUUCGCUGUGUGGUCUCCUGUACCUGUGUGGACGCUACUGUUACUUCACAGGCUAUGCAAAGUCAGCGCAAGGAAGACUGGCCCCGUUGUAUUUCAGCGCCAAGGUUCUCUGGGUUCUCAUCGUGUUCUCCUCCCUGGGCGUGCUAUGCUCGUUGUUCCGGUUCCACCUGGACCUGGACUUGCCCCAGCUGGUUCUGCGGGGUCUCGUGGAGUAAGCGGCACGAGGAACGAAGUUUUGAGAUUGAAAUACCAUGGUGUCAUCAUAGCCACUACACUAGGUGGCGUCAUAGUCUAUGUAAUGCCUUUUCAGAGUUUUAGAUGCGGGGGGGGGGGGGGCGGGGGACUAUAUUCCUGAAAUUAUAAAAUAGUCUGUUAUUGAACUGUCAAUUGACUGUCACAAAGGUGUGUUUUAU